CGACAGAGAACAACGGAAUCGAAGGAAACGGCACGGCCCACCUCCCACCUCUUUGCGAGAGCGAAGGAAAGCGAGUCUGGCCGAAUCCGGAGCGGUACGAGGAUUGGAUUUGGAUAGAGACGAUUUUAAUUCCCGCGGAAAGAAUCGUACAAUAAAGAAUGCAAUGAUGGCAUGGACUUGGCGUUGAAUGCUUCACAUCACCUCCACCACCGCUUCCUCCCCUCCCGUUUCCGCGUCCCCCGGCCCCCCUCACCUUCGCGGAAACUCCGAUUUUUACUUCUCUUCUGCUCCUAAGUUCUUAUACCCAAUUUUUUCCUGAAAAAUUUAUGUACUUUAAUUCGAUUCUGAUACUAAAAUCCGGAGAAGAAAUCGAAGGUGGAGAGGUGGAGAAGACUUGGAAUGAUGUCGUUGCUGCUGCUGGUGUUGUUGGUGUGGUCAAAACUCGAUUUUUGCGCUUCUCUUAACGAUGAAGGGAAGGCGCUGUUGAGGUUUAGAGAGAGGGUGGAGUUGGAUCCAUAUGGAGCUCUGGCGAACUGGAAUGAAGAAGGCGGGGACGAUCCAUGCUUUUGGUUUGGGACUCAGUGUUCCGGUGGAAGACUCGCGGCUCUUAUACUCAGAAGCAACAGGUUUAUAGGUAGCACACCAAUGAAAUCCCUUGAGCACAAUAUUCUCCCUGAGCUUCAAAUGGAUGAUAACCCGUUAUCCUCAAACAGGGGAUCUGUUACAAGGAAUGUUCAGAAUGCUGCUAUACGGAAACUUCUGCAGAUUGGCGGCAAAGACAAAGGCAAAGACAAACAGCAUAAAAAUGGAGAAAAUCAGCCAAAAGUUUUCAAUUCACCAGCACCAGCACCAGCAAAUGGAGGUGGUCAACAUAAAAAUGGAAAGAGUCGGGCAAAAGAUCUUGCAUCACCAGCAUCAGCACCAUCUCCUAUGUCUUCAGAGGAACAGUUGUCACCAUCUGUGUCACCUUUCUUCCCCCCAUCCCAACCACCAGGAAUUUCACCAUCACCAAUGACAACAGCCCCAUCAUUCUCCUUUCCACCAUCUCCAUUCAGUCAAGUUCCAACACCUGCACCCUCACCUUCUCCAACGAUUGAGCCACCAUCCCCAAUACCAGAGCGUCAUCCCAACUUUGAUGCUGCACCACCUUCUAGUUCUGUGCCAAAUCCCUCUCCCUCUGUGGGUCCUUCACCAUCAGCUGCAGUAGAUACUCCAGUAAAGCAUGCAACUUCCUGGGCCAUCUAUAUGUCAAUUGUAGGUGCAGUUUCCUUUCUCCUUGCAAUAUCUGCAGUAUACUUUCUUUGCUGCCGAGACAACAAGGUUGUCACUGUCAAACCUUGGGCAACAGGCUUAAGUGGGCAAUUGCAGAAAGCAUUUGUGACAGGUGUACCUGUACUCAAACGAGCAGAAUUGGAAGCAGCUUGUGAAGACUUCAGUAAUAUUAUUGGCUCUUUGUCAGAUUGCAUGUUAUACAAGGGAACAUUGUCGAGUGGAGUUGAAAUAGCAGUUGUAUCUAGCGCAAUUACUUGUGCAAAGGACUGGUCAAAACAAUCAGAGUCCCAAUUCAGGAAGAAGAUCAUGAUGUUGUCGAAAGUAAAUAACAAGAAUUUCAUCAACUUGCUUGGCUAUUGUGAGGAAGUAGAGCCUUUCACCAGGAUGAUGGUGUUUGAGUAUGCACCGAAUGGGACACUUUUCGAGCAUCUGCAUGUUAGAGAAGCAGAGCACUUGGACUGGGCUAUGCGGCUAAGGAUAGCCAUGGGAAUAGCAUAUUGUCUAGAGCACAUGCAUCAGCUUAACCCCCCUUUCAUUCUCAGAAAUUUGGACUCAACUACCAUCUAUCUUACUGAUGAUUAUGCUGCUAAGAUCUCAGAUCUUGGAUUUUGGAAUGAAGCAAAGGGAACCGCGUCAGUGCCUGGAAACUCAGGUACCUUGGCUCCAAUGUCGGACGUAGAGAGCAUUGUGUACAGGUUUGGUAUAAUACUGUUGGAGAUAUUAUCCGGCAGGCUUCCAUUUUCUGAGGAUGGCCCGCUUGAGCGCUGGGCUUCAUGUUAUUCAAAUGGGGAGAAGCCUCUUAAAGAUAUGAUGGAUCCGAGUCUUGUAUCCUUUCACGAAGAAAGUGUCAGCGCACUGUGCGAGGUGAUACGGUCCUGCACCAAUCUGGAUCCAAGUGAGCGACCGACAAUGGCAGAAGUGGCUAGCCGAUUGAGAGACAUCACGGGGAUCCUGCCAGAUGGAGCGACUCCAAAAGUGUCUCCAUUGUGGUGGGCUGAGCUUGAGAUUAUUACUUCAGAGGCUACCUGAAGAUGAAACAAUUAACCUCGUUUAUGAGUAGAAAUUCUUUUGUUUUUUCGGUUGAGAACUCUGUGUUCGCUGUCUGUAUGCAUAAGCAUGGAGAUAAAUGUACAGGCUAGGAACAGGGAGAGCUGGCUGUGGUUUUAUUAUAGUGUGCUGACUGUGUAGAGAUGGGGUUUGUUCAUGUCUGUGGAGAAUGCCAUCCAUCGAGCAUGGAUAUUGCUUGUGGAAUGAAUAAAAGAGAGCAAUCUAGGCUUGCUUCUCUUUUGCCUUUCCAGGUGACGGUUUUCUUGUUGGAAUUAUCAUUCAUGGUGAUUCUUGAUCAUGAAAUAGUUGUGCAAAAGAAUGAUCCUUAUUCCUAUGUUGCAAAAAUGAUUUCUUUUUCUUUUUUAAA